UUGGCUAUGAAGGUAGAUAUCCUCAUGGUAUGAAGACGUGUGUUGAGCAACUGUGGACUACAAGACUACUGGUAUGAUGUUGAUAAACCGGAAGGAAAUAGGAGAUAUUGAAAAUCGGCACAAGUUCGGGGAAGCAUUUAGGUUGUGACGUAAGGUGGUCACAUGGACUAUGGAGCACUCGUCCAGUGCCGGCCUGGAUCCUCACAGGACCUCACUAAGUUACCAGCAGUAGCAUCCCUCAACCCCAAUCACCUCAACCCCCCUCAAUCUUCCAUCCUACAUUAACUAUCCCAGUACCUACAUAGGUCCAAUUGGCAAUACCACAUGCAAUAGUUAUUUGACAUUAUUAACCUCCAAGGCUACAUAUGUACAUAUGGCAUACUAGAAAAACCCACUAAGUUCACCAAGUAAUGCUACCUACCUAUCUGCGUAGGGCCUAGGCUGCUAGUUAGCUACUAGACUUCACGGUACGCCUACAUAGUAACGCACAACUGUUGCGCAACAACCGAUAUCUACAUACCUAAUCUUGAGUCUUUACGGACAAAUGACAUACGCGUAUUAUAGCCGUACCAAGGUACUAGGCAGAUAGGAAACGAGGGGGAGAAGGGGUCUGCAUUGCAUUAUCAUUAUCGUCAUGGCAUCUAGAAUGUCGGAUACGGUGGGACCUUUCGCUUCCAAUUCGCGAAGAUUAUCUCCCAUGUCCCCAAAUCUGGAGAGGUCGACAUCCGAUCCGCAUUUCGCACACCGGGUAUCUUCUCAGGAUAGAAUCAGUGGAAUACUAGAGACCGCUAGAGACCGUGCCGAUACAAUCAGCACCUACGCAUCGGGCCGUAGUUCUAGGAUGAACUUUCAACAUAUGCCGGAACGCGAUGGCAGGGAUGACGAGCCUGACGAAACCACGAGUAUCGCGACAGCACGCGACCACGUGUCCAAUUACCAGAGCACUUCCGUUUCUCCCAAUCCUAGGAAUCGAAGACCUGUACAGCAGGAGUUAGAGGAUGAUUGUCCACCAACGAACGGCGCCAAUGGCCAUAAGAGCAAUAAUCAAUGGCUCAAGCAUUGCCUCGACGGCGUAUGGUCGGUAGAAUUGGAGAAUAAAGGGAGCGUGGCUAGGGACCAUCUAGCAUUAGAACGAACAUUCCUUGCGUGGCUACGCACAUCGCUCUCCUUUGCGUCGAUUGGUAUAGCUGUCACCCAGCUAUUCCGUCUCAACACGUCGAUUGAUCAAAACGAUCCCCGUUAUCACACGAUUCGAAAUAUAGGGAAACCUCUGGGGUCAACGUUUAUAGGCAUAUCCAUAAUAGUCUUGUUGCUGGGAUAUCGUAGAUAUUACCAAGGGCAGCAAUGGGUGAUUAAGGGGAAGUUCCCAGCCUCGAGGGGGACUAUAAUAAUAGUGUCGCUGGUUGCAUGUGCUGUUAUAGUUGUUAGUCUUUUUGUUGUGUUAUUCACGGAACCUACAGGAUUGGAUUCAAGGUGAUAUUUGGAUUGGAUGUAUGUAAGUCUACAUGUAUUGUGUGUAAAUCAAAAAGUUGGAUACAACAUCAAAAGUUAAUUGAGUACCUAGUUUCAAUCUUAUAUUGAAUAGUUUCAAUUCAAUCUUAUAUAAAUGAUUGUCUUGAUGAUUAUUCAAUUCUUCAUCUAAUCCAUCCAAUAAAUCUC